CAUGUGCUUUUUAUCGUCGAUUCUGCUGUUUCUUUUUUUUUUGUUUCGUUGUUUGUUGUUGCGCUCGCUCGCUCGCUCCUUCGUUCGCGCGCCGUGGCUGGGCUCUUCGUGAUAGUAUUUGACGGCGACGGCAACGGCUACUGGGAUAGAUAUCAGACAGCAUCAUCGUUUGAUGUGUGCUUUUUUUUUUCGUUGUUCGUGUGGAACGUUAUUAGAGCAAACGACACACACGCAAAUGUCGCCCGUUUGACUUUUGAGGGAGUGAAAGAGCUAGGACAAUCCUUCCACCCCCGGCGCGCACACACACACACCACGCGCGCGAUAACACCAGGAUCACCGAACCAGCUCCGAAAUCUGACUCCGGUUGACUCUGCCGGGUUUUUUUUUGGAGGAACCUAACGAGGACAACAACAAAAAAAUAAGUGCAAAAAUCAACGUUGCUCACCUCGUCGCAGCACGGCGCAGUGGUUGCUGCUAUCUUUUGAUUUUUAUAACUUUAUUAAUUAGUGUUGUUCGAGUCGAACGAUGAUAGAUUGACAAGCACAGCACAGACCGGCUCUCGGCUCCCCAAGAAGCUUGCCAACCGCAGCGCCACAGCAGCGAUCGCGUCGUCAACAACAGUACAGUUCUGCACAGCGCAGUGGUCGUUUGAUACCGGCAUCCGGUUUCGUGGUAGCGUGAGUCCUAAUCAGAGUGUCCUCCUGUGAACACGGAAUAAAUCCGCACCCCGGUACGGUCGUCGUCGUGUUCCGUAGCCGAUGAACUCUUGCUCCCUCUGGUCUGUGUCGCGGCUCCUGUUGCUUGUGUUUUUUUUUGGGAGGGUGGUUGCGCGCGUUAAUGAGAAACGUCUCCUCCCCCCAGCGACGUAACUAUCCGGCGGCCACAGAAAUCCAGGACGCGUCAGAGUGAAUCAAUCCGGCGGGUAUCGUUUUGUGACCAACAAUCAAUUAGCCAGUCUGUGUGUGUCAAGUGUGGAAGUGUUUUGUUGACGUGUUAAAGAUUCCGUUGUGGGCAGCCUCGGACGGAGGAAACAAAAUUUGAUUUCCAGUUGACAAGUUGUGACAGUGCGAACGGUAAAAGAUGGUGUUUUUCUAUAAUGUGAAGUGAUGAAGCGCUGAUGAUGAUUAUGAUAAAGAUGCAAUAGCAUCGGUUGAUAGAUAAUGGAAACGAAGGCAUUGCUUUUAGUUUUCAUUUGAAAAAAAAAAAACAAGUGUCCGCAAAAGAAAAGAGAAAACAAAACUUCAAGUGGUACCUUGCCGACGGCAAAUUUGAUUACGCCUGCUUGGAUGAGUGCGUUGUCUGGUGGUUUUAAACUUAUUUUACGUGCUCGGAGAAACCUGGAUAGCAAUCAUGGAUCAUGUUUUGUUCGGGAAUCGUCGCCCAGUAAACUAAAUCAGUCGUUGUUUUUGUUAUGAAAAUCAGCUUGCCAUCGAUCUAAAAACAUGCUGAUUUAGACGAGACGAAUCGACUCGACAGCAGCGUUCAAAACAGGCGACCCAAAUCAACCCUAGCAUCUGCAAUUCCGGUUGAUUAUGCCGCUUUUGGUCGCCCAGGGAAAUGCGCACGGAGUGGUACUAGACCACCAGCUCAAUCAGUACUUUUAUCAGUCAUCAUUCCAGCAGCAGCAGAAGCAGCAGUUGCAGCCGCCGCCGUCACUGUCGCCGCUAAAAGCUCGAAAGCCGCCAUCGGCAGGUCGUGUCCAAUUUACCAAAAUAGAACCACCGACGACAACGUUUCCGGGAGAAUCUGGUUCGCCACCCACCGUAAUCGUGGAUCAGCAGGCGCUGGAUUUCACCAUGUCUAAAUUCAAAGCAAACUCAGCAACCCGACAUCCGCUGUAUCGACAGUUUUACGCGAGUGGCACUGGUGGAGUCGGAGGAGGAGGAGGUGGUGGAAGCACGGCGGCAGAUGAAUCCCCGCCCUACGAGAAACCGGAGGAGCAAGAUAACAACGAUAGUGAAAUUCGAGAUAAAACAUACGGUAAAAUAUGGCUAAGCAACGAAGCCCAGUGGCACCAUCCGGUAACGUUGGCCACCGGUCAGCCAGCGCAGUCUCUCUUUCCGCCCAAUAUAAUGCCAGGAGGCAUCAAUAUGCCACCGGUGAAUCCGUUACCGGCCACUUCCAUCUCGCAGCACUCGAUUCCCAACAGUUUGCUGACAAUCCGAGAGAUGAUGCUCCAAAAUCCUAGCCUUGGACUGCUGAACGAAAGUAAUUUACUACUGAAGAGAAGCAUGCUCGAAAGCAUGCCGGCAUACACGCUCGGUCCGGGAAUACCGUCGACCACUAGUCCCCAGAUUGCCACUUCCCCGUCGUCCACCAUGGCAGCCUUCAGUCCGCUGAUGCAUUCGAUCAAAACGGAGAAGGACGAACUUGACUGCGAAAUGCAGCUUCACGAACGAAACUCAAGACAAAAUCAAACUACGCGAUCGCCACCACCUCAUUUCACACAUCAUCCAACCCAUCACCAUCAUCAUCAUCAUCAGCAGCAGCAGCAUCAUCAACUUCAUCCUCAUCAUCCUCAUCAUCAUCAUCAACAUCACCAUCAGAGACUAACCGGUCAUGUUCCUCUGUCCCUGCAUCACCAUCACCGUUCAUCACCGACUUCCUCCUCGUCAUCUUCGGUAGCAUCAUCCAUGAUGCUGUCAAUCCCGACCACAAGCAGCCCGUCUUCGGUGGCAGCAGCAGCAGCAGCAGCAGCAGCAACAGUGUCAUCCCACCAGCAACAUCAACAUCAAAGACAUCAAAGGGACUCCGAAGAACGUGAAUUGAAUUUCAAUGCAUUGCCGCCGUUGCCGCCAUCGCAGCAAGCGUUGCAUUCUCAGCCGUCGUCAUCAGCGACGACGAAUGCCAACAUCAGUUCCCAGCUGAAGCUCGAACAAUCCAAUGAACUUGAGACACAUGCGAGCCAUCAUUUCAGCCAUCAUUAUCGUCAUCGACCGUCAUCACCUGAUCCGUCAUCUGGACGCGGCCAUUCCGGCGGCAAUGACGACGACAACGACGGUGACGAUGACGAGGACGAGGACGACGACGGCGACGGCGACGAUGACAGUAUAGAAGAUGAUGACCACGAGGGAGGUGCUGGAGGUGGUCAGCAAGGUAACGACAUGGAUCACUUAGACGACUUGGAUGAAAAUGCUACUCCGGUUGCCACCGCCGCUGCUACAACUGCAAGACCGACGACAAUCGCAGUAAGCCGACAGUCACCCGAUCAGCGAAAGGAACUGCUAAAUUUGAGCCGGCUCAAGUCUACUUCACCGGACAUUAGCCGCCUCUCGAAGUCGCCGUCCCCGCCUCCGUCGAAUGGUGAUGUUUACAGUGACCGUGACGAUGGAAGUGACCGUGAGCAUGCCAGUAGCCCAAUUCCGUUGGAACGAUCUGAACGAGUCACUCCUCUCAAUCUGAUAACGGAUGCCUCUCGACGGACUCCUUCCCCGCCCCCACAAACACCCAGUAGUGGUCCGAACAACAGCAACAUCGGCGUCGCUUUGGCAGCACUUCAGAAUCAACUUCCGCUGGGUUCGCUGUUUCUACAGAAUCAACUGGGACUGGGAACGCUCGGUGGUUUGUCCAGUCAGGAACUGAAUGUGCUUCAGCAGGCAUUGCAAGCUCAGCAAGCCUCCUUCCAGCAGCAACUUCAAAAUUACAUGCUUCUGCAGGCUCAGGGAACUCCUGGUGGAAACAACAAUGCAACCGCACAGGCUACGGCCCAAGCCGCAGCCCAGUUUCUCAUGCAAAAUCAGCUAAAUCCAAGCUUUCCCACUCCGCCUCAGUCCAUUAUUAACAGUUCAUGUGUCACUACUGCUAAUGCUAACAACUCGCAUCCUCCCGUUAUCACGACUAGUGUUAAUACUAAUCUUAAACUACCCCACGAUGGAGCACGAUCGUUGCAGGUCCAACAGGCGGUGGCUCAGCUGCAGGCCCUCCAACAAAAGCAACAACAGCUGAAAACCAGUUCCACUCCGACACCAGCGAACCUAGCCGGAACAUCUCCUCUGCACAGUCCAUCCGGUAGUCCUGGUUUGCAUCCUCACCAUCAUCAUCAUCAUCCCUCCAGCACCCACACCAACUUGCUCGGAUCAAGCCAAACGACUCCACCGAACAUCAGUCAGAUGAAUGUUGGCGGAAUUCUGACUCCUUCCACUCCCAGUUCCGGAACGCACACCCCUCAGAUGCAGAAACAUCAUGCAGCCGCCCCACGAGCCCUGGAACCGUCGCCGGAGGAAACGACCGAUUUGGAAGAGCUGGAACAGUUUGCCAAAACGUUCAAACAGCGGCGGAUAAAACUGGGCUUCACCCAGGGCGACGUGGGCCUGGCGAUGGGUAAACUGUACGGAAACGAUUUCUCCCAGACGACGAUUUCUCGAUUCGAGGCACUGAAUUUGAGCUUCAAAAACAUGUGCAAGCUGAAACCGCUACUGCAAAAGUGGCUCGAGGAUGCCGACAGCAGCAUCUCCAAUCCGGGCGGUCGCAUGUUCAGCCCGAGUACGCUGACCAACACGACCACCACACCGGAGAUCGUCGGUCGUCGACGGAAAAAGCGUACCUCGAUCGAAACCUCCGUUCGUGUUGCGCUGGAGAAGGCCUUCCUCGUGAACAGCAAACCUACGAGCGAGGAAAUCACAAACCUAGCCGACAACCUGUGCAUGGAGAAGGAAGUAGUGCGGGUAUGGUUCUGCAACCGGCGCCAAAAGGAGAAACGGAUAAACCCUCCGAAUGGCAUGGAAAGUCCCACCCAUUCGUCCGGCAGCAGUGAAAUGUUCCAACUGCCAACGAUGUCAUCAUCUUCCUCCUCCUCGAUUGCCGGCACCAUCGGUAGCCUGUCGAAUUCACUUUAUCAACCGCACCAUCCCCUAUCAGGCGCCAGCAACAGUCAGGGUGUGCCGGGAAUCAAACAGGAAUGACUAAUAAACGGAGGCAACGCUUCCACGUUGUCUUUCGCGAGUGAUGAUCCUACGUUCGGUGGAUCCUCGCCGGUACACCAGCAUACGUUCCAGAUAUGAAGCCAACGUUAGUGUCCGUCCCUAUCCUAGAAGAUCCCUCCAAUCCUACCUAAACCCUACACGUAUGUUCACAAGCACAUAUCAACCAUCAUCGAUUCCUGGAGAGUUCUGCAAAACAGUCAACUGAUACCGCUUCUGAGAAGUAGUCAACACCUCUCCCUUUCCGUGAACAAAAAAAAAUCACACACAAGUCUUUUUAAUUUAUUGAUUCAACUGAGCAAGAAUAUUUACAUCGAUGUGUUCUGUAAAGCAAGCAAACCAAGCCGAUAAGAGCGAUUAACUUUAAUUAAAUCAAUAUUAUGUGUCGUGCAUUGUAGGUCAUCGACGUCGUGUGUAAAAGAAAAAAGAAGAUGUUCAUCCCUAGAGAAGAAUGCGAACAGAAAAACCUUUAUAGGAGUUAGGAAAAACAAAACACGAGAGACACAAUAUCAUUCCCAAAAAGAAGCUUUAAGCAUUAUUAUUUCCCCAAACAUUCCACAUUCGACGCCUUCCCCCCUUCAAGAGGAGAAGUUGUUGCAUAACGCGAAGAACCACAAAUACUCUUUUGGAAGUUUUGCUUCGCCACACAGAAAGGAAAACUUCCACAAGACCAUUAACGAUUCUUCGCCUUAUGAAACAAAAUCUGUACAUAAUUCCCGAACUGUGAACUUGAAGUUAAUGUAAAACAUUAGUUGUACUUUCCAUUCCCUUGGCCCUGUCCCCUGUCUCUGUCCUUUACUUAAGAAUGUGUUACGUUCGGAAAAUUCCCAACAAUCCUAAACUAACCACGACCUGAUCGAUUUUGUGCAAUUUGCAUACCGGUGUUCUCUGUUAAGCUUAGACCGAAUCGUUUAUUUUUUUCGUCUUUGUUUCUUGCCAUUAAGAAGCGUAGUUUUAGUAAAAUCUCUUCUUAGUCUUAUUAUCCUGCACCAAGCAUAAAAGUACCACGAAUUUGUUUUUGUUUUUUGUGUUCGGAAUUUUCACAUACACACACACCCUGAUUGAACAAGAGUAUACUAAAACAAAACCAUUGUACUACCUAAAAUUAUAAUCGAGAAGUAAACAAAACAAAAAAAAUACAUUUAGGCAAACAAAACCAAUGUGUAGUAAAGUGUAAAAUUUCCAUCUUUUCGAACGUUUUCCAACUAGAAACAAAAAAAAAGAAAUAGGAAUUUACGGUAACGCAAAAUUCACAUACUGUAAAAAAAAUAUGUAGUUAAAAUCUUGGAAAACAUCUCUAAAAAACGAAAUUUAAGGUAAGGCGUAAAAAAAUAUAUCCAAAGAAACAGAAAAAAAAUCAACUACAAAUAAUAACCUUUAAGGAGCGACUAACCGAAUGUAUUUAAUUUCCCCACGCAACUGAAAUACCUAAACUAAACCGAAAUACAAAUAAAAAACAAACAACACGAGAGGCUUCAUUUUUCACUCUUUGCUACUACCCAGCAAUCUGCAGUAGGAAACAAUAGUAGAACAAAACUAAAAGAAAAAACUAGUACACGUGAGAGAGGAGAGCGAGAGCUUUCUGGCAGUCAAGUGCUCUCCCAGUCUUCCAGCCAAUAGCGAGACAAGCAGAAUAGGAUAAAAAAAAACACCGCAAGAGUAAAUACAAGGCAGCAAACAUAGAUAUUGUUUAUUAUCAUUAUUAUCAGUAGUAAUAGUAAUAGUGGUAGUAGUAGUAGUAGUAGUAGGAAGUAGCAGUAAUAGAGUACUAGUAGGUUAUACUAUAGUUCAGAACGGAUUGAAGUUCCUAUUCAUUGUAUGCUGGUGGUGACAGCGCGGGUUCUCAGCUUCGAGCUUUUCUCGCCGAGCGUUCAAAGAGACGAAAUGGAGAGAAACGAAUUGUUAGAACGAACUUUUCGAUUUGUUUUGUUUGUUUGCUUCUUCCCGAGAUUUCUGCAAUACGCUGAUCGUGGAGUGAGGAGGAAAAAAGUCACUUUCAGUUAUUUCCUUGUGUGAGGCAAAACGAUCGAACAAAAAUUAUGGAAAUUAUGAGAAAAAAACAACAGCAUACACACGACGAACAGGUUGAAUGUGAGAUAAGCUAGUUUUUGUCUACAUAUAUAUUUUUCUAUUGUACGGUUCGCGAUACUAUAAAUAAAUCAAUUCAAUGAUGUACAUAAGUGACGAAAUGGAAAGAGAGCAAAAAUCAGCUAUAAAUAAAAAUCUAGAUGAA